AUGAGCUCAACCCACGCUAUCGAGUCAAAUAUCAUUGGAAAUGAUGCCUGGAUUCACCAGGGCAAUGUGAUCCAUAAUUACGCCAGUGCCCCUCGUGAAUUCUGUGUCCUGAUUCCCUUUUUCUACAAUGAGGAGCUUAUUCAUCGUCAAGAUAUUAUUAACGAGCUAGACAGAAUCUUGCCGCUAUCCGAUGAAUACUCUACCGCCGCCCUCUAUGGGCUUGGCGGCUCAGGUAAUAUGACAUUUACGCAAGAUUUCGAGUCGAUUGCGAAGAAGCUAGGCCUUCUAAGCAACGUCGUUGGAGAAGAUCUUUUAAUAGCUGUACGUUAUGGUAUUGAGUCGAACCCUCCUUGGGUGCUGAUUCUAGAUACUGCGGACAACCUAAGGCUCUUUGACGCUCCGAAUCUUGGAGCAUAUAUGUUAAACCUAGAUAAAUUUAUCCCACGUGGUCUAAAGGGCCAAGCCCUCUGGACGAGCUGCGACAAGCGCAUCGCCGGAGGCCUUGUUGCAGUUCGACGGGUAAUCAACAUUCCAAAGAUGACUCCUAAUGAGGCGAAGGAGCUGUUCGACAGUGUUAGAAAUAAUCGAGUGGGCAACGACGAGGGAAGAUAUGUUGUAGCACUUCUCGACGAACUUAAGUGGCUACUACUCGCUAUAUCGCAAGCUACAGUAUAUAUAAGGAGGACCUUGAUAAUCGUUGAGGAGUACGCUGAGAAUAAGAUGGUAUAUCAGAUUUUACAUAUUCACGCCUAUCUAGAUAACCAGAACAUCCCUAUUGAGUUGGUUAAGCAAGCAGCUCACUACAGCAAUAAUAGUAAUGGUAUAGAUCAUAGUUUCGAAACACGCAAUGAUAACUCCUCGUCAGUCUCUGAUAGCGAGGAUGAUAAAGUUACUGAAGCUAUCGCCCGUCUUUGCGACUUCUCAUUUUUAAGCAUACAGAUGCAUAAACUUGUUCAGGAAGCAAUGCGGUGGGGGUUGAGCAGAAAAGAACGGAAGAGUGAAGCAAAUUAUUUCUCAGCUGCAGCGCUUGGAAUUACUUACGAUCUUUUCCCGAGAUCCCCAUACGAAGAACGGGAGGCCUGGAACCAAUGCGAGAAGUACAUCACUCACACACAGCAGGCGUGUGAGUGGGCUGCACUCUGUGGAGGAGAUGAAAAAGCCGUAGAGUUAUUGUCAAGGUUGGCCCAUUAUUUGAGCUGGCGUAACAGAUGGAGGGAGUCCGAGAUUAUGGCAGAGGUAAUGCAAAUCGAGAUACACAGGCAGCGACGGGAGAUUCUUGGUGACAUAAAUCCUUACACAAUCAUGAGCGAGCAUAGAUUCGGGAGGUAUAAACGGGCAGAGGAAAUAAUGGUGAGAGCACUGGCACUACUACAGGGGAUCAUUGGCACCACUCAUCACAUCACAGUGAGAACUAUGGCAAAUCUUGUAGUAACAUAUCACGCACUUGGGAAGAUUAAAGAGGCAGAAGAGAUGAUCAUGGAAGUACUGACGCUGCAGCAAAACAUUCUUGGUCAUAAGCACCUUUUUACGAUUACUACCAUGGCCAAUAUUUCAGCAAUACACCAGUCGUUUGGCAGGUAUCAAGAAGCAGAGACAUUGGGGGUAGAAGUACUGGCACUACGGCGGGAGAUGCUUGGUGAUCAGGAUCCUGAUACCAUCAAGGCUAUGGCGCGUCUCGGGAAAACGUAUCGUGCAGCUGGCAAAUACAAAGAGGCAGAGGAAAUACUGGUAAAAGCAUUGGCGCUUCGACGGGAAGUUCUUGGUGACGAACAUCCUGAUACGAUGAAGAUCAUUAAACGACUCGCAUAUACACGCCGUCAAUUGGAGCGGCUGAGUAUUGAAGAAAACUAGCUUAGGUUUGAAGAUAGAG